UUGCAGUUCUAUGAUUUUGGAUACGUUUUAUUUUGCAUCCCGGUGUCUUACUUUGGUGGUCGGCACAGUAAACCGGUUGUUCUUGGUGCUGGAUUAGCUCUUAUUGCUACUGGUAGUAUUUUGUUUUCUACACCGCAUAUGUUGGCGGAUAGUUAUUCAACAAAUCAGGAAAAUAAGGCCUAUGGAUCUUGCUCAAUUCAAACACCCUGGAACAUUUCUGAUGCCGACGCAAUGGCCUUGACCGCCAGCUGUGAGGCGGAAAAGCAGACCCAGCCAGGGACAUUUCGUUAUGUGGUUUUAUUUUGCUUGGCACAUUUUCUUCACGGCGUCGGAGCGACCCCACUUUACACUAUAGGAGUUUCGUAUAUAGAUGAGAAUGUGGGAAAAGCGUUGUCGUCGCUGUAUGUUGGUGAGUGCCUGCACUUCAUACUCCAAAGCAGAAUGGGCAUUCGGCUCAUUGUUUUCUCCCCGCAAUCAUGCAUGUUUGGCAUUUCAGGGAUCUUUUAUUCGUUUGCUGUUUUUGGCCCAGCGGCAGGAUUUCUAUCUGCUGGUUCUUUUCUUACAUACCACACUGAUUUCUGGCAUCUUCCUGCUGAACAGAUUCUGAGGGUAAGUGGAGACGAGUCAGAUCCAUCAUGGGUUGGAGCUUGGUGGCUUGGCUUCGUUCUCGCCUCCGUGGUGGCCCUGGUAGCUGUGAUCCCAAUAAUCUGCCUCCCAAAAGUGCUUCCCGAGUCAUUGAAAUGGCAUAGGUAA